AUGGCGGCCGAGACUGAAGGCAAGGCCAUAGGCAUCGACCUUGGCACAACCUAUAGCUGCGUUAGUGUGUGGCAAAACGACCGCGUUGAGAUCAUCGCCAACGACCAGGGCAACCUCACCACUCCCUCCUACGUGGCCUUCACAGACACCGAGCGGCUCAUCGGCGAUGCAGCGAAAACCCAAGUGGCCAUGAAUCCACAGAACAUCAUCUUCGAAGCCAAACAUCUCAUUGGAUGGCGAUUCUCCGACCCAUCAGUCCAAAGCGACAUGAAGCUCUGGCCUUUCAAGGUCAUCCCUGGUCCCGGCGACAAACCCAUGAUCAUCGUCAGGUACAAAGGCGAAGAAAAGACCUUUUCUGCGGAGGAGAUAUCUUCCAUGGUGCUGACGAAGAUGAGGGAGAUAGCUGAGGCUUAUUUGGGUCAGACCAUAAAGAACGCUGUGGUGACUGUCCCUGCUUAUUUCAACGACUCCCAGAGACAGGCUACCAAGGACGCCAGCGCUAUUUAUGGGCUCAACGUCAUGCGAAUUAUCAUCGAGCUCACCGCGGCCGCUAUAGCCUAUGGGCUGGACAAGAAGGCCUCGAGAAAAGGUGAGUAG